CGUUAAGCGCGGGCACCGUGAUCACGUUGUCUAGGCAUUGUUUUCGGUUUCCUGGCAUUUUCGCGUGUUUUCAUUGUCAACGCGCGUCACUUGCAGCAUAAAAUGCCCGUCAACGGCCAUGUUUGUCGAGGUCUUCUGUUAUUUUGGAGUCGGUUCUACUCUGAGACACUUAUCCAUCUGUUUCACAAUCGAUUUCGAACACUCAAGUGUUAUAAUACAUAGGUUUUUGUGAUUCUAUUUACGUUAAGAGUGUGUAAAUGAAAUUAAAAUCAACAAUGAAGUGUAACCAUAAAAUUCCUCAGGCAUCAACCAGACUCUUGGCAUAUACCUUUUCAUUGUACAUUUUCAUGAUUAUUCGAGAUUAUUAUAGUACAAAAAUAAGAUGGAACAACUGGGAGAAGGACAAGCGGUCAUGGUUGGUGGAGCUGGAGGAACUGUACAAGUUGUUCAAAUGGGACAAGGUGGUCAAGCUAUGAUGCUUCCACAAACAAUUCAAGUAGCAGCACCUAAUGGUCAAAUUCAAGUCGUUCCUGUAUCUUCUCUUGCUGGAGGAGGUCAACAGUUAGUUAUUCAACAACCCCAGACACCACAAAUUAUUCAAACUCCUGAUGGACAAACAUAUAUAUAUCAACCUGUGCAGUUGGAGAAUCAAGUUGCUCAGUCACAACCUACAGUUAUUAAUAUCAAUGGUAAUUUAAUGCAAAUUGCUGGAACUACUCCAACAGCAACAGCAGCAUCUACAACUCCUGUUCAACCAAUUACCAGUCCAAAUACAGCAGCUACUCAGGCAGGAAACAUAGUCAUGAUGGUACCAGGAAGUAGUGGUCAAGCACAAUUCCAAAGGGUAGCAUUACCCAAUGCAGAAUUUCUUGAAGAAGAACCUCUUUAUGUAAAUGCGAAGCAAUACAGACGUAUAUUGAAACGUCGACAAGCUCGAGCGAAACUUGAAGCCGAGGGAAAAAUACCUAAAGAAAGACCAAAAUAUUUGCAUGAGUCGCGGCAUCGUCAUGCAAUGAAUAGAAUUCGAGGUGAAGGUGGACGUUUUCAUUCUGGUCAAGUAAAAAAACGAAGCAGAGCAAAUGCAAAUAAUAUUACUCAAAAUAUUACAACUUCAAGUAGUACAAAUACCAUCAGGACGAUUUCGCUGACAACGGCUAAUUCAAAUAUUCAACAUCAUAAUACGGAUAAUAUGACUCCAACUAUCAUUAUUGAGGGCACAGGAGCAUCCUUACCAGAUAUGAUUACAGAUAGUGGGAUAGUGACAUCAGACGGACGCUGAAUUUAGAGAUAAAUGAGCAAUAAGUGACAACACAUUUAUCUGGUGAUGUCAAAAUGCUAUUUAGUGCAUUUUGAACUGGCUUCAAGAAAUUAAAUUAAAAAUAUUUAUUUAUUGAACCAAAAUUUAGUUGGAAACUUUUUAAGUCACGUGUAACGUAAUGUAAAUAGUUGCAUAUAAAUAAUCGAUACAAUGAUAGUAAAAUAAACAUCAAAACAUUCUUUCGAUUAACAUUUUUAUAAUUCGAAAAAAAAACUAUCAAAACUGAAUUUAUUAAAAUAAUAGAAUUUCUAAUUAUACAUUCACGCAUAAAUUCAAAUGGAUAAGAUUCUAAGUUAAUAAUAAGAAUAAUUCCAAAUAUAAAUUUUUAAUAUAACCAAAAUAAAAUGAAAAUAUUUUUAAAUCAUCAUCAAAACUACUAUGUAAGAAAUGUAGUUCUAUUAAAGUAUAGGAAAAAGUUUAGAUAAUCGAAUUUUUUAAAUUGAUAAAAAAAGUACAAUAAAAAAAUUUUUCAAGCAUUCAAGAUUAGAUUGCUUUGCGAAACGAUAAGAGGUCUUGCCAUGACGAUUAAUUGUUCAAAAUACGUUUUCUUUUUGUUUUUCUUUAAUUUAUAUAAUUCACAUAAUUAAAUUAUAAACUGUACUUAUUAAGAUAUAUACAUUUUUGUACACAUUUUCUUAAUCAAAAAUUUCUAUUGAAGCGAAACACCUACGAUGAAUUAUAAUUUUAUGUUAAAUUUAGAUAAAAAAUGUGAAAUAUUAUAAAUAAUAGAUCAAUUACAUUUUCUUCACGUUUUUUAAGGCUGGUUAAUGAAAAAUAUGAUUUAUUAGGAAAAUGGUUGUUGUAAAUAAUUAUAGAAAAAGAAAGUGUAAUAUUUAAAAAAAAAUGAGAGAUUAUGUUUAAAUAUAUGAUUAUUAAGAUACAAGUUUCCAAGACAAAAAUUAUAGAUGAAUAUGUGAGAGAAAAGUAUGAAUCUGAAUGAGUAUGAAAUGUUAUAAUAGAUUUUUUAAAUAUUUCAAUGAGUUAAUACUGGUAUUUAAUUAUCUUUCUAUGUAUCAUUUUUUAUUAUGAAAGAAUUCUAGAAAAAUCAUCUAUAA